CAGUUUGAGCUGGCAAAAAAAAAGAACUACAAAGAUACAGUUAUGGACUCUGCUACAUACAACUAUGCAUCCAUUAAUUGUACUCUGGCCCCAUCUGAUAUAACUCAAGUGAACAUUUCAUUAAGAUUAUGGAAACCUACCUUUAUAAAAGCAAAUAUUCACAGUUUAAAUUUCACUGUAAGAGCAUUACUUCAGAGUGAAAACUCAUCACUGAUUUUGAGAGGAACCAAUCAAAAGCAAGAGAUCAUGGUUAUAAUUUCAAAAGAACUUCACCCUGGCAUCAUCCCUUUAUGGGUCAUUUUACUGAGUGCCUUUGCUGGACUCUUGAUUCUUGCACUUCUUAUAUUUGCAUUGUGGAAGGUUGGAUUUUUCAAAAGACCACUAAAGAAGAAAAUGGAGAAAUAAAGAAUUCUACCAAAGGAGAAUAUGUUGCAAUUAAACAAUGAUCUGUUCACAGGGGGGUGAACUAGAGGCUGCCUUUCAAUGUGAGAGUAAGCAAAACAGAAACCCACCACCUUCAGGAUGGAUUAUCAACUGCCUCAACCACUCAGCCACGACACUUCUACUAGAGCCUUACUAUAGACUUUAAAAAAAAUGUAUCUCUGAAAAUAUUUCAAGCAGGGCACCAUAUGAACAAAACAUGGCCAUCAGUGGUGGCAGGGGAAGAGAGACCAAAGAAGAGAGCAACACUGUUUAUUAUACCACUUAACAGUAAUAACUAUGGAAAUUUUGCACACCUUUUAAAAGAGGGAAUCAUAAAAAAAACCUGUUAAAUUCUGCAUGUUUGCUUUUCUUCUGUAAAAUUGUUGCAUAUGUUUUAUCAAUAAAUGAUAACAAUGUU